AUGAUCAGAACAUUCUUCAGACGUCCUAUUAUGGAUGAAACAAAUGGAAUAUUAUUGGUGAAUGACGAUGAGAAGAGCAAUAGCCCACAACGAGGAACACCUUUUUACGACCAUGCUAUAUGUUCAAAUGAAUUAAUAACCAUUAAUGUUUCUGGAUUACGAUUUCAAACAUUCGAUUCAACUCUAUCAAGAUAUCCAAAUACAUUACUGGGUGAUCGGCUGAAGAGAGAGCGCUUCUGGGUCGAAGAUACAAAAGAAUAUUUCUUUGAUCGACAUCGUUCAGCCUUUGAAUCCAUUUUGUAUAUUUACCAGAGUAAUGGGAGAGUUAAACGACCAGAAGCCGUUCCCAUCGAUGUUUUUCUAUCUGAAAUGCACUUUUAUCAAAUGGGCGAUGAGUUAUUGGAAGAAUUUUGGAUAGCAGAAGGAUAUGAAAAGCCGCCUGAAGCUAAAAUGCCUGUAAACCAAACGAUGAGGAGGAUUUGGGAGUUAAUGGAAUAUCCAGAUUCAUCUCUGUCGGCAAGAGUUAUAGCUUUCAUAUCUAUUGCUGUUAUCAUUAUCUCAAUCGUUUCUUUCUGUUGGGAGACUGUGCCGUCAUCUGCAUCACCUAUACCAACACUAGCUCCAUUCGAUACUUUCUCAACCGAAGCUGUAGCCGAAAAAGAGGAUGGCAGAUUCAAUAACCCAUUCUUCUGGGUUGAGCUUGUCUGUAUAUUGUGGUUCACUAUCGAACUAUUCUUACGAUUCAUAAGUUGUCCGUCAAAAUAUGUCUUCUUGACAUCUUUUCUAAACGUCAUAGAUUUCGUAGCUAUAGCACCUUUUUUUGUUAAUUUAUUCUGGGCUGACAUGAACAAAUCGAGUUCAUCUAUGUCGUUUGCUGUCCUUCGUGUUCUCAGGCUGGUUCGCGUAUUUCGAAUCUUCAAGCUUAGUCGACAUUCAGUCGGCUUGCAAAUUUUGGGGAAAACAUUCCGUGCUUCAGUUCAAGAGUUCUGCCUCCUCAUAUUUUUUAUGGCAAUUGCUCUCGUACUUUUCGCAUCCGGAAUCUACUUUGCCGAGCAGGGUGAUCCUAAUACUAAAUUUACUUCUAUCCCCGCUUCCUUCUGGUUUGUCCUGGUAACUAUGACCACUGUCGGCUAUGGUGACUUGGUACCAAUUAGUCCACAGGGUAAAAUCGUUGGAUCAAUGUGUGCUCUAAUCGGAGUCUUAACAUUGGCUCUCCCUGUUCCAAUUAUAGUCGCUAAUUUCAAACAUUUCUAUCGUCAAGAAAAUCGUCUUGCCACUAUGAAGUCAGUUGGUAAAGAUGUUGACGACAUAGAGCAAGGCGCUGAUAAUGAGACCCUUAAUGGAGAACGUAUGGGGUCGACUGACAGCUGA